AUGACGUUCACGCUUUCUGUCCCAGCAGGGACGAAGCCCGUUGCAUCACGCCCGUAUCGUAUCAACCCUUUGAUGCAAAAGAAAUUGGAUUCCGUUUUGGACCAGUAUUUGGCGGGAGGGCGCAUUCAACAUUCCACAUCUCCGUGGGCUUCUCCUUUAGUUGUCAUCCCCAAGAGGGACGGAUCUGUUCGCAUCACCGUCAACUACAAACGUCUCAAGGCUCUGGUGGAUUUGGAUGGACAACCUCUCCAUCGAUUUGACGGUAUCUUGGAUUCUCUGUACACCGGGAAAGUGUUCUCCAUCUUGGACCUCAACUCGGCUUUCCACCAGAUCGUUUGUGAUGCAGACACUGUCCCGCUCACCGCCUUUUGCACUCCCACGCAGUUGUUCGAAUGGCUUCGGAUGCCGCAGGGCGCCAACGCAAGUCCGUCUUGGUUCGUCAAGGUCAUCAACAGAGUGGUGCACGGUCUGGAGCGUGUGCUUGCUUAUCUGGACGAUGUCAUCUGUUUCGAUGAGGAACCUCUGGGACACGUGCUAAACUUGAUCGAGUUCUUCAAACGACUGCGACAGUACAACCUCAAACUGUCUCCAGGGAAGGGUCGCGUCGGCGCCACGCACGCCAACUUUCUCGGUCACACCAUCUCUCCGGCAGGUGUUAGCCCUGAUGGCGUCAAGGUGCGGCCUCUCAACUCUCUUCUCAAACAAGGCGUCCCCUUCAAGUACACCGCGGGCAUGGUCAAGGUGGUAAAAACGUUGAUAAGCGAACUCGCUCGCACCCCGAUUUUGGUCUUCCCGGAUUGGGCAGCAAUCGAGGACAACAGCCGUCCUCUUCGUUUGUGUUCCGACGCGUGCAUCGACGGUUUCGGCGCCUCCUUGGAACAAGAACAGCUCGAUGGCUCGGUAAGACCCACCGUGUACAUCAGCCGCGCUACUCUUCCUGCGGAGCGUAACUGGACCGUUUUGGAUCUGGAGGCUGGUGGCAUUGUUUGGGCCAUCAAACACCUUCGCGGUUAUCUGUGGUCGACCAAGUUCAUCAUCUAUUCGGACCACAAAGCAUUGGAGAGCAUUGGCAAGGUUGGGGAACACAACGCUAGAGUGCAACGAUGGCUGGAAUUCCUGUCCAACUUCACCUACACCCUGAAAUAUCGGAAAGGUUCGGCAAACGGCAACGCGGAUUUUCUUUCGCGGUUGCCUUUACCAGCACAAGACACGGACAAAACGGCGGCCCCAACUGCAUUGAUGGUGUCGAUCAAGCGGGUGUUUCCUUCAUUUGGGCUUGCGGGCGCAACUAUCACUCGUCGUCUACACCGGAGGUGGUCAUCAAAGCUUGGCCCGCGAUCAACUCGAGUAUUGCAACCUGACUGUCGAUCGCCAGCGCCGGGCCUACAACUUGUCCGCGAGUACAACGCGCUGAAGAUUUCGCGAGUCGAACGCCGAAAUUCAUCCCUGCUGGACGCCAUUCACAAGCUCCCUCAGCUUACCGUUGGCGGGUGGGCUUGGGUAUACAACACGGCUGCUACAAUUCGACAGGGUGUGCAGAAGGACACAGACCAACAGGUGGUCAAGGCCAAAUUCGCACUUUCCUGGACGGGGCCCUACAAAGUUCUUGCGGUGGGUCCCACCUCUGCCGACGCCACUCCGGACGGCCGCCCGUUGGCGCAUAAACUCCUCUACCUGGACCUGCCUUCCGAUCUUCCGGCCCGGCAGCUCGUUGUCGCGUACGACGAGGAGGGCGGGGAGGACGAGAGCAAGCAGAGCACGUCCCGUCAAGGUGCGGGGGGGGGAAAAGACUCGGAGAGUGAGUCUGAUUCCGACCUCGACGUGACGGAGGCUGGGCGAGCGACGCUGCCGGUGCAAGAGAAGGCGCCGGCGGCACCCGGCAACGGGACCGGGGACGCUGGUUCGGGCGUCCCCCUGUCGCCUCCUUCGGGAGGAGGCGACUUCGAUGGAAGCAGCAGCGGCAGCAGCACUAGCAGCGACCGCAGCAGCAGCAGCAGGAGCAGCAGCAGCAGCAGCAGCAGCAACAGCGACAGCAGCAGCAGCAACGCCGCCGGCGACGACGACGGCGGCGGCGCCAGCGGCAGUGAGCCCGGCGCCUCUGGAGAUGGCGGUGGCGGCGGCAGCGAACCCGGCGAAGACUCCGAGCAACUCGAGGAGUACAAGUUUGAUCCCGCCGACAGCCGCUACCCGCCGGGCCGCGAAGGGCGUCGGCUCCUCUGGGGCGCCUCGAAGGAAGGACCGCUGCGCCACGGGCUCGAGCGCGGCCGCACACGAAGGGAGACCCGGGAGCUGCAAGGCCCCGAGGAGCCGCCGGGUCCAGACGCCGAGCCAGACGCCGAGCAAGCGCUGCUGGCGGAGAUCAUCGUGGACUACGUUUCCAACUCGCUGGUGCGGGAGCGGUACGACGAGGAGCAGGUCAACAUCGAGUACCGGCGUGAGAUGCAUGAGCUGCCGUACGGCACCGAGCUGCAGGAGGAGGCGUUCGGUGCAGAGGCAGGGGACGACGGGUCAUCGCAACCUCUUCAUUACCCGCAGUUACGUAUCCCCUCGCCCUUCGACCAGAAGCCAAGUGAUGUAGAGUGCGUGCCCUUGACGUACAAGGAUGUCCUUAACUCCAAGGACAAGGUGCUGUGGGAAGCAGCCAUAGCAAAGGAGUUCGACGGCCACAAGAAGACGGGGACGUUCUCCGAGAUUAGCGGUCUGCCCGAGGGGCGUAAGGCCAUCAGUGCGAAGUGGAAUUUCUCGCACACGACCAAUGGGAAGGGGCUGAUUGUCGACUUCAAAGCACGUAUGGUUGCGCGUGGUUUUUCUCAGAUUCCCGGUGUUGAUUUUCACCACUCAUCAUCCGCAUGCCCUUCCGCGGUGUCCAUCAAAACUAUGGUGGCCGUAUCCACCGAGAAUGGUAGGAGGCCUGUCCACUGGGACAUCAAGCAGGCGUACACACACGCCAAGCUGAAGGAAGAAAUCUACCUGAGGCUUCCAGAC